CUGAUAUUCAUCCCCCCACCGACCAACAUACACCCCCGACCUCCGCCCAAAAUAACACAUCCCAGCGCCAUUCACUGCCUCCUAUGUCACUUCCGAUGUCUUGAGAUGGUUACACUUGGUGGCGGUGGCGGUUCAAGCAAUCCGCUCAGUUCUCUACAGACGCGAAACAUCCCCAUCCGGCGUCCAUAGUCGCGACCCCAUUCGACCUUCAUCCUCUUAUUUCAAAUUUAUUGCUGGACCUAGAGAUAUAAGUCAUCAUGGCGCAACCUCAACCCCCACCUCAACAUCUCACCCAGUCUUUUUCCCCGCCGGGUUCUUCACCCUCGCCUGGUGCCCCGUCGCCAGUGAAUGGUGGUGGUGGUCUUCCUCCGCCUUUCAAGCGGCAGCGUCUUUCACCUCUUCCUCAGUCGCAAUCCCCUUACGCUUCUCCCAGCUUUGGAACUCUGCAACUGCCUCAACACCAACCGCAACAACAACCGCAACAGCCACAACACCAGUCACCCGCGCCGUUAAAUGGAGCCAACAUGAGUCCAAGCCUGAACCAGAGCAUGAAUCCCAGCAUGAAUCCCAGCAUGAAUCCCAGCAUGAAUCCCAGCAUGAAUACCGGCAUGAAUCCCAACAUGAAUCCUAACCUGAACCACAACAUGAAUCCGAGUAUGAAUCAGAGCAUGAGCCCCGGGAUGAACCAAAACAUGAACCAGGGCAUGAAUCAGGGCAUGAAUCCCAACAUGAACCCCAACAUGAAUCAAAACAUGAACCCCAACAUGAAUAUGAACGGCAUGCCUCAAACUUCAGCUCCUCCACCUCCCCCGCCUGGCGCUAUGGGUCCUCCGUCCCGCCCGGCGGACAAGGCGACCGAUGCUGCAGAGCUAACGGACGUGCUGGCGUCAUCAGGUAUUGACGUACGUGAGGAAGAGGCCUACCUGACGAGCAGUUAUUCGGGUCCUGGGGUACAAGCCCAACAGGCACCUCGCCCUCAGCAGCCGCCCAUGCCACAACAGCAGUCACAACCGCCCGCUGUCAACGCCUCUUUCACUUCACAGACAUCCACCACGGGGACGGUUUCUACGACACCUGGCUAUGGUGAUCCAUCGCCUUACAAACCCCAGUCGAGCCAGGAUUCUUACUACACGGAGCCACCCCCGCAGCCUCCUGCUCCUUUCAAAGAUCCGAACGAGCCGACUCGAGAAGACACUGAGGCAGCCAGGCGGGCGCAAUACCAUUUGCAACACUCGUUCCUAUUGACGAAGGUAUUGGAGCAGAAGUUACAGAAGCGGGGGUUUGAGCUGGGUGUGCGCAUCCCGGCGGAAGGUUUGUACCAUCCCGUGCCAGGGCGUCAACAGCCGAUUGAAGUCACCGGACCCGAUGGUUCAUCGAUCAUACGGUCCGGGCAGACAAUCCUGAACCAAACCGGGGCGCCUCUGCUGGAUAUUCUUAGCUUGAUGUCUAUCUCGUGUGAGGAGCGGCUACGAACGGUGGUCGAUUAUUCUUCGACAUUAGCGAAAAGUCGGCGCGCACAUUCUCACGGAGUUGUUCCUUCAGAGUGGGAGGACGUGGCGACGGCGGCCAAGGCAGUGAAUGGGAACACUGAAAACCCCAGCACUCCAGCCAAACGACCCCUACCUGCGACCGAGCAAUCGGGAACGAAAGCAAUCUCUGAGAAGUAUCGUCUGCUUAUGGACCGGGAUAACUCCAGUGAAGAUACACGGGCCGCGAAACGUGCCAAGCGUAGCGCGAGUGCCAUCCUGGGAGAAGGUGCACCGAGUCGGUCGGAGUCCGCGGACAUCCCCGGGUCCGGUGCUUCUACGCCGAUCGGGGAUAGACCGCCUAGUCUCGAUAAAAAGGGGAUCUCGAAGAAGGAAGCCAAGAAGAUGAUGGAUGCGAAAGCCAACGAGGCCCAGCAGCAUCAACAGUCGGUGGAGACCGCACGCAUGGCUACCAACAGCAUGUUGUCAGGUCGCAUGUUCGGAGCUAAGAAGUCAUAUUCAUGGUUAAAUCGAGGAUCAGCCGGAGGCAGUGGAUUCUCCACCCCAUCACGAGUCAACACCGCCACGCCGACUGCCACCCCUGACAAAGCUGGACGUUCCGGGGAGCCUGCGGCCGCUCCCGUGAAACGGCUUGGAACCUGGCGAGAGGAUAAGGACAAGGGCGCUGGCAUCCAGGUCCGCGAUGUUCUGUUUAUGCUCGAGCUGGAUGGGCGAGGCCCUCGACACGUUCAAAAAGCCUAUUCCAAAGAUGUCAAGGAGGACCGAGUCGACUGAACUUUCGUACCCUUCAGGGCUACUCCGUAACUGCGCAGGAUCGUGGUUAUGUGACGAUGUGGCAUACUCCCAAAGCAGUGCUCUUUCGCUCGCUCUCCCUUCGUGUCUACUAUUUAUUGUAUGUGCAUUGACUCAUCGGAUUCUCAUGUAUUGCGAGACUACCAGACCCCCUCUGCGUGUUCCUUUGCAUCUGAUGACAUUUCCCCUUCUUUCCAUACUUGUUUAAUUUAUGAUCGGUGAAGGUUCCACGACACCUGGCGGGUGACGAUUCGACGCCCCGAGGGAGCCGGGCAACCCACCAGCGACGGGAAAAUGAGGCGAACAACCGAGCAGGAAUGAAAUAAGCAAUGCGGAGCAACGCUGGUUCCGCAGCAUCUAGUCGCAGUCUCGGAUCUUCUUCUUAUUAAUCAAUGGCAUUGUCAUCCGGUA